AUGGUGGAGAAAGAGUCAAGAAUGUUUCAAUUGAGGGGCCCGCGGAAGGAGUCUGUCGUUGGACUGGCCAAUUCUAAUUACACUGAGCUGACACAGUUAUAUCAGAAAUACAAGGAUCAAGAAAAGGAAGCAAUUAGGGAGGCAGUAAAUAUAACACAAGAGAUUAUUGAGUAUAUUUUCUCCCCAGAAAAUGUCUCAGAUUGUGGGACGAUAGAGGCGAGUGUGAGACUUUCAAAUCAGUUGGGGGAAUUGGCAGAGAAGCUCGCCUCAACUGCCGGAGAUGUGGUGGAUUACUGCAAGAGUCCCGACGAACUAGUCAACAACGUACGAAGGCGGAGUGACUCAUCAUCAAGAUCUGCAAUAAGGCUGGAUGUCAGCCUUUUAUGCCUGUUGGCGAGAGUUAAGAGAAUUAUGCUGACUACUGCUUCAUCAACAAGAUCUGCACUCAAGAGUGAAGAUGAUGGUUUUCAUGAAGAUUUGACUGUAGCAACACAACUGGCUGUCAACAUUUCAAACCGGUUGGGGAGAUUAGCGGAGAGAAUUAAGUGGACUGCUGUUGGUUCAUCAUCAAGAUCUUCACCGACAAGAAAGGAUGUCGUGGUUGGUUUUGAUGAAGAUAGGUUGCAGAUAUUGUCCAGGCUUAGAAGCUAUUCAUCCGAGCUGCAAGUCCUCCCUAUUGUGGGGAUGGGAGGCAUUGGUAAGUCCACACUCGCUAAAAUUGUUUAUGAUGAUACAUUCAUUACUUAUCAUUUUGAUUUUCACGCUUGGGUCACAAUAUCGAAAGAUUACAGUGUAGAAAGUAUUCUUUCAAAUCUGCUUGCUUCGAUGAAAGGAAAAGGAAUCCAAGCAGAGAGUGAUUUACAAUGCGAGGAGAAGGAGUCUGAAAUUUACAAAUACUUAAAAGGUAGGAGGUAUCUCAUAGUAAUGGAAGACAUGUGGAGUACGGUAGCUUGGGAUCAGGUACAGAGGCUAUUACCUGACGAUAAUAAUGGAAGCCGGAUCAUAUUAACCACAAGGCUAAAGAAUGUGGCUACUUAUGCUAGCUCUAUGAGCCCCAUUCAUACGAUGCAUUUCUUGGAUGACCAACAAAGUUGGCGUUUGUUCCAGAAGAAGGUCUUCGGAGAUCAAGAUUGUCCUGUUGAGCUGCAAGAUAUUGGGAAAAAAUAUGUAAAACGUUGUGAAGGACUGCCCCUUUCAAUUGUUACUGUGGCAGGACUUUUAUCCAAGAUUGAUAGAACUCCAAAGUUGUGGAAGCGAAUUGGGGCAAAUGAUGGACAGUUGGAAACAAUAUUAUUAUCUUUGAGUUACAAACACUUGCCUAGACAUUUGAGGGAGUGUUUCUUGUAUAUGGCAGGCUUCCCUAAAGAUUAUGAGAUCCGUGUCUCAGAACUCAUCAAACUUUGGGUAGCUGAGGGCUUUUUGGAAGGUCGAGAUGAAUCUAAAACGUUGGAAGAGGUGGCGGAAGAUGUUUUGGAGGUGCUGGUCGAGCAAAGUCUAGUUUUGGUUACUAGCAAAAAGAGUGAUGGCAAAAUCAAAAGGUGCAAGCUUCAUAGUGUGGUUCGGGACUUUUGUUCAAGACAGGCUGGGGAAGAGAAGUUCCUUCUACCUAUAAUGGAUUACUUUCCUAAUCCUAUCGUGAGAAGGCAUUUUCUUCCACAAGUGCUACAAAGUCAUCAACGCAUAAGUGUUAGUUGGUGUGAUCUUGAUCUUAAGGACUCUACGCAUAGCUCAUGCACCCGUUCUAUUAUAUGUAUUUCACAGAGAGGGUAUAGGCCCAAAGGCUCUAUAGAGAAUUUUAUGUCACUUAAGGUCCUUCAUGUCUUACAUAGAAAUGAUCAUGCAUUUUGGGAUUUAGGUCAAGUGUUUGAUUUGAUUCAUCUCACUUACCUUGCUUCCAACAUUCCUAGCAGUAUUGUUCAUUCAGCUAUAUCAAAGCUUCAUAAUCUUCAGACUUUAAUUAUUUAUAGAUCUGAGGUUAGCUUGCCUAAGGAGAUUUGGAGGUUGUGGCAAUUAAGGCAUCUUAUCGCCUUUUCAUUUCUUCCUUUACCCGAUCCAUCAUAUUCUUAUGUUAAAAACAUCCAAACACUUUCUCUGGCAACAAACUUUGUAUUUAGUGAAAGUAUGGUGGAUAGGAUUCCAAACAUCAGAAAGUUGGAAAUAUGCUACUCGUACGUGACGUUUGGUCCGUCCCCCAAAUUUUACAAUGUUAGACAUCUGCAUCGACUGGAGAAAUUGAAAUUGGUGACGCGUAGUUCAUUUCAAAUGUGUCCGACUUUUAAUUUUCCUGGAUCGCUGAAAAAGUUGGAAUUGAGUGGAUGGCGGCUUCCUUGGACAAAUAUGUUGGUUUUGGGCCAGUUGCCUUCUCUUCAAGUGUUGAAACUAAAGAACCAUGCUUGCUAUGGGGAGCACUGGAAAACUGUUGAGGGAGGAUUUGUGAAUCUGAGACUUUUGCAUAUUGAUGAAUCUAAUCUGCAGAACUGGACAACUGAAAGUAGCCACUUCCCGAGGCUUCAGCGCCUAAUGCUUCAUCGUUGUCCAUAUUUGUCUGAGAUCCCAGUUGAUAUUGGAAAAAUUCCAACUCUUGAGCAGAUUGAGAUCGAUGAUCUUAACCCAUCACUUCUAUGCAGAGUAUUGAUGGAUCUAGCCAACUUAUCCGAUAUUCGAACUGAUGAAAGAGGCAGAGGUAAAGGUGAAAAGCAUUCAGAUGAAUGA